AAAUGUUCACAGAGUUUUCUCUGCACGAAGAGGAAAAGUCAUGGAAGUUUUCACGAAAUGACGUUGAGUGCUUUUUCAUUUCAGAAGUAAAGUAUGACAGGAAGUCUACAACGUUGAAAACCGAGAUACGUGGUCUGGCAGUUUCACCGUCGAAAAAUAAACGUUUUGCCGAUUUCGGCAACUCUCGAAUGUUUUUCAGCACAGCAGUACAGCUCUCCGAUGCAAAUUCAAAACUGAACUGACACGUCAAAAUGUCUGGGUGACACUGAACAUUCGAUGAACUCUUUCAUAAGAUACUACAUCAAAGCUCGAGGAGAAGAUUGGAGAAGUUGCCAAGAUCUGAACCGUUCCUCCCAUCGGACGACUCUUUUUUACUGUAAAAAAAAGAUCAUUUAGAAAGACAUGGUCGUGUGAAAAGAAAUUUGAAGUCCCGAUCAAGAAUAAUCGGUUUUACACGACGGCUUUUAGAGGACGGCAAGCGAUCAACAGAAAUGAUAGAUAAAGUUCUCAACGCUGGUCAGUUUUUUGAGAAAGAAGGGAAUCAACAUAAAAAUGCCUGCAGGUCACUUUUGUCUCAGGUAGUGGCUACAAUAGUUUUGGGUGGUCUAGUUUUUGAUAUCGGUAUGAUGACAACAAUGCCCACACUGGUGAUAGGUGCACUCCAUAAGAACUCUGCGGGGGAAUUGAAGAUGAAUGAUGAUCAGGCGUCCUGGUUUGGGAGCAUAAUAUUCUUCGCGCAUCCGAUGGGGGCGUUGAUCUCCGGGUACCUCCAAGAGCGUUUCGGGCGCAGAGGGAGUAUGAUCCUGGUCAACGUCCCGGUCUUGGCGGCGUGGCUCACCCUCCACUUAGCCGACUCUGUCUACCAGCUCCACCUCGUCUCCGUUCUCAUGGGCCUCUGCGUCGGCUUCUGCGAGGCGCCGCUCCACUCCUACAUCGGCGAGGUCGCCGAGCCCCAUCUCCGGGGCACCAUCUCCACCUUGGUUUGCAUCGCCGGCCACACCGGGGGGGUUCUCCUUCAUGUGCUCGGGUAUUUAGCUCAAUGGCGGACGACCGCGCUCUUCUGCGGUGCGGUUCCCGCAAUCACCUUCUUCGCCAUGACCCAGAUCCCGGAAUCUCCGACGUGGCUAAUCCUGAACAGCCGUUUGAAGGAGGCGCAGAAGGCUCUCGGCUGGGUGAGAGGAUGGGUCGAAGCGGAGGUGGUACAUGAGGAAUUUCAAAGGCUGCUUGAACACGCCGCAGUUGCACCCAAGUCCCGACGAGUUAGCACCUUCGAGGGACAGAAAUAUGAAAUGGUUCCGUUGACUGAGGAUGGGACUCCUCAAAAAAGUACACAAGAGACUGAGAGCUUCCUGAGAAUUAAAUGUCGAGAACUGAGCGACCAGAAAAUGUUUCGCCCGCUUCGAAUGGUGUUCAUAGUUUUCAUUUUUAGCUUCGCAACACAGCUGAUGGGGAUGCGACCGUUCCUGGUCAAUAUAUUCAAUGAAUUCGGCCUCCAAAUCGACAGCCAGCUUGUUGUGGCCUUGACGAGGUUUUCUCUCCUCGUCGGUGCCAUUUUGAACGUGACACUUUUGAGGCGAUUCGGUAAAAGGAAGUUGACGUUGCUCUGCCAAGCGGCGGCCACUGUGUCCAUCAUUUUACUCGGCGUCUAUUGUUCCAUUUUCGACGAAACGAAUCGAAAUGCAAGCCUUUCAUGGAUCCCAAUCUCACUGAUGACAAGUGUCUAUUUUUUCAUUGGAUUCAGUUUGACCAUUCUUCCAUGGCAACUUUGCGCUGAGGUUUUCCCUAUCAGGGGCCGUGGUGCCGCACAGGGACUUUCAGCCGGCUGGAGCUACUACGUGCGUUUCGGAAUGUCUGUGACUUACCUGUACCUUGAGAAGUGGAUACGGCUAAGUGGAGUCUUCUACUUGUACGGGGUGAUUUCGGUGAUCGGCUUUUGGUACUACUGGCGCUACCUGCCGGAGACCGAGGGCAAAUCACUCGAGCAGAUUGAAUCUUACUUUACAGACAACCAUGACAAGACGGAGAAAUUCUCCAGGGUGAAAAGCAAAUAAGGAUUUCCCAACAUAUCGGGGAGAAGUUAGAAAUUUUGGAAGCAAAAUCAUUAUAAACGUCGAAUUUUUGAUUAGGUGAACUGCUGUUCUGAGGAAGAGCGCAUGUCAUCGCUCCUUUGACUUAAGGGCGUAGCUCAAUUUCCACGUGAAACCUGUUUUACAUGUAAAUCCUUAAUGUCUGGGGCUCAUCCGGAUAUCGAGAUACGUCCUUGUAAUAACAUAAUAUUUAGUUUAAAGAAAAGUUAUGAUUAUUUUUCGUCGUAAUUUUAAAAUUAAAGAGAAUCAGGCCUUCGUGUAUGGAGGAAAAUUCAGGGAGCGGUUUGCAUAAAUUGCAAUCCAAAAGUUGUAAAUCGAAAUGUUAUACAAAUUAAAGUCAUCGUUUCAAAAAA